UUUCUCGACUACACACGUAACUGUCGUCGACACCGUAAAUAUGAAGACCGAUGACAACACGUCCUGGAUGAUAAUAAUUCAAAAAUAAAACAGAAAAAUGGGCGCAACUGAAGAUCUGUGCCGUGGCUGCUGACAGCUUGUUCGCCACGGCACGUCAUUUUUGCGUGUUGAAAGCAAGUGAUUGAAACAAUUUCGCGUGUUGUAGUUCUGCUUGGAUCGGGUCAGAUAAUCAGCUUCAAGCCUUAAAUCACUGGUGUCUGCUCGCGGUGUCUCUGCCUGUUGUUGAACUCAUCUGUCUUACUGAGAAAUAUCAUUCCACGUCGAGACUCUGUCGUGGUCUCCAAUUUUCCGACGGCCAGUAAAGGCACCGUACAAGCUAAACCCAGACCGGAGCAGAGAGGACGAGUCGAGCGAGCGAGCAGCGUGGAUAUGUCGGAUCCGGCGGCGCAGGCCUUGCAACCCCGGCUCCUCCAAGCCCAGUCCGCCGGCUCGGCCGGGUCCAGUACGGCCGCGACGGGCUCCGGGGCCGGGAACAGCGACCCGGCCAGACCGGGACUCAGCCAGCAGCAGCGCGCGAGCCAGAAGAAGGCGCAAGUCCGAGCUUUCCCGCGGGCGAAGAAGCUCGAGAAACUUGGCGUAUUCUCCGCUUGCAAGGCCAGUGACACCUGCAAGUGCAAUGGAUGGAAAAACCCCAAUCCCCCAUCGGCCACACGGAUGGACCUGCAGCCACAAGCGGCCAGUCUGAGCGAGCCGUGCCGCAGCUGUGGACAUGCCCUGGCUGAUCAUGUCUCCCACCUGGAGAACGUGUCCGAGGAUGAGAUCAACCGGCUGCUGGGGAUGGUGGUGGACGUGGAGAACCUCUUUAUGUCCGUACACAAAGAGGAGGACACUGACACCAAGCAGGUCUACUUUUACCUCUUCAAGCUUCUAAGGAAGUGCAUCCUGCAGAUGAGCCAGCCGGUCGUGGAGGGUUCCCUGGGAAGUCCACCCUUCGAAAAGCCCAACAUUGAGCAGGGGGUCUUGAAUUUUGUCCAGUACAAGUUCAGCCACCUGGCACCGAAGGAAAGGCAGACCAUGUUUGAACUGUCCAAGAUGUUCCUCCUGUGCCUCAAUUACUGGAAGCUGGAGACGCCGACGCAGUAUCGCCAACGCACACAGAAAGACGACGGGACGGCGUACAAAGUCGACUACACCAGGUGGCUGUGCUACUGCCACGUCCCCCAGAGUAACGACAGUCUGCCGCGCUACGAGACCACGCACGUGUUCGGCCGCAGCCUGCUCAAGUCCAUCUUCACCGUGACCCGGCGCCAGCUCCUGGAGAAGUUCAGAGUGGAGAAGGAUAAACUGCUUCCGGAGAAACGCACCCUCAUUCUCACGCACUUCCCCAAAUUUCUGUCCAUGCUGGAGGAGGAAAUAUACGGCGAGAAUUCACCAAUCUGGGAGGCCGACUUCACCAUGCCUGCCUCCGAUGGCACACAGCUGGGACAUCAGACAGUGAUCAGUCCUGCUGCAGUGGCAGGCUCCCCUGCUCUGUCUAAAGGCCUGGGCAGCAUCUCCUCUCUGGGCACCAUGGACCCUGGAGGUUCUGAGACCUCGACAGGAGAGAAGCGUAAACUUCCAGAGGCGUUGACCCUGGAGGACGCGAAGCGAAUACGCGUGAUGGGAGACAUCCCGAUGGAGCUGGUUAAUGAAGUCAUGAUGACGAUCACUGACCCUGCUGCGAUGCUCGGUCCAGAGACUAAUCUGCUCACGCCAAACGCCGCCCGCGACGAGACGGCCAGGCUCGAGGAGAGGCGGGGCAUCAUAGAGUUCCACGUCAUCGGUAAUUCGCUUUCCCAGAAGUCCAACAAGAAGAUCCUGAUGUGGCUGGUCGGCCUGCAGAACGUCUUCUCUCAUCAAUUACCUCGCAUGCCCAAAGAGUACAUCACACGGCUGGUGUUUGACCCGAAGCACAAGACCCUUGCCCUCAUCAAAGACGGCCGCGUCAUCGGAGGCAUCUGUUUUAGGAUGUUUCCCACUCAGGGAUUCACGGAGAUCGUCUUCUGUGCCGUCACAUCCAAUGAGCAAGUUAAGGGCUACGGCACCCACCUGAUGAACCACCUGAAGGAGUACCACAUCAAACACAACAUCCUCUAUUUCCUCACUUACGCCGACGAAUAUGCCAUCGGCUACUUCAAAAAGCAGGGCUUUUCCAAAGACAUCAAAGUGCCGAAGAGUCGAUACCUGGGAUACAUCAAAGACUACGAGGGAGCGACACUCAUGGAGUGCGAGCUGAACCCGAGGAUCCCCUACACCGAGCUCUCUCAUAUCAUUAAAAGACAGAAGGAGAUCAUUAAGAAGCUGAUAGAAAGGAAACAGACGCAGAUCAGGAAGGUUUACCCUGGUCUCACCUGCUUCAAAGAGGGCGUGCGACAGAUCCCAGUAGAGAGCAUUCCAGGCAUAAGAGAGACGGGCUGGAAACCCAGCAACAAGGACAAAGGGAAGGAGGUGAAAGACCCUGACGUGUUGUACAACAUGCUGAAGAACCUCCUGGCCCAGGUGAAGACUCACCCUGACGCGUGGCCCUUCAUGGAGCCAGUGAAGAAAUCCGAGGCUCCAGAUUACUACGAAAUCAUCCGCUUUCCCAUCGACCUGAAGACAAUGACAGAGAGACUGAAGAACAGAUACUACGUGACCAAGAAGCUUUUCAUCGCCGACCUGCAGCGGAUCAUCACCAACUGUCGCGAGUACAACCCUCCGGACAGUGAAUACUGCAAGUGUGCCAACACCCUGGAGAAGUUCUUCUACUUCAAAUUAAAAGACGGCGGCCUGAUCGAGAAAUAAACAAGGCCGCAGAAUUGCGCUGCCACACACACAUCAAUAUAAAGCAGAUCACAAGGAAACAACAACAGCUAGCUAUUGUCAUAUCUGAGUUAAUAAGAAGGUAUGUACACACACUGACGACGUUCACAAGGUAAAUGUUGGACUCAGAACAAACACGAUCAUGAUGGUUUGUUUGGAAAUAUCAGAGCCAGUUGAGCAUCAGUGUCAAAAUGGCAUUAACUUUUCUCCUUAAAGUUAUCUCAUUCUUUUCCUUUUCCAGUAUUCACUAACACACAUUUCAUUAAGUGUACCAAAGUUAUAGGUCCAAGUUAUGAGCGUAACGAUAUCACUCUUUUCCCACUGUUAUUUAUGGUGUGAGUCACCUUAUUGUGUCGCGUUCGAUGCCAUUCGUUCAUUCCAGUUUGUUUUAAAACGUCGUCACUCUAGUGUAGUGUAGAGUUCUGUUCACAGACAACUGGACCUCGGGACCUAAAGCCGCGUUGCCUUCCGUUACUGACAGACACUUUUGACAUCCCGGCUGUUUUCGUGGGUUUAAAGAAACUAAAUGUUCUUCUUUUAACACUAGCAACACUUACUUGUGAAAAAAAAGACGGCAGCACUCUUGGCUGUUUAGAGUGCAGAAACAAUUGCAGAGAAAUAAAUCUAAUACAGUUGAUAAAGUUGUUUAUGUAAGGCAAAUACUGUACGUUUGAAGGUUUGUUUUUCUUUUCAUUCCUGCAAAAAAAAAAAAGGAUUUAUUAUUUGGGAUCCAGCAACAACAAUCUCAGUAUUAUUCUAAAGAUGAUCCGUUAUGAGAAUAGUUUAGCACUUGUGUGCUAAACCAAAUAAAAAAAUCCCAAAUUAUUGCCUUCAAGAAAACAAGAUGCUUAUUUAUUAAAUAUACAUACUGUUUAUGCAGCGUUCUCCACUGGCAGGGUUUUUAUUCCAAACAAUUUAGCAUGAGGUCACACAUUAGCAUUUAGCUUUUACCAUCAUGCUUUGCAGGUAGAUACUGUAGCUGUUGGCACUGAUUUGAUAUGUAGUUCACUCACACCCACACAUGCUAAAUAGUCUAUUUUGUGUCGGGCCACAUUUUAUUUGUGGCGUCACAGGUUUACUCGGAUAGUUUUAUGUUAAGUUCCCAACUUGGUGGGGACGAGGUUUUUAACCAGCAAGUCUUCAUCUGGCUUUAGGAGAGGAGGUAACUCUCACCAUACACAAGCUGCAGCAGGUGCUCGUGCAUGACGGACAGUUUACAAUUUGCAUUCACAAAAAACAAUCCGACUCGAAGGCUUUUCUUGUUGCAGGUUUUGUUUUGACCGAGUUACAGACGUUGUGAUGAGAUGUUGGGAGCCAAUCAGUGUCAAAGUGCUUCCUGAGUACUUCCACUGAGAGGAAGUAGCUGUCCAAUGCUUUUUGAGCCUGCUCACUGAAUGUUCAUUGACUCGUGUGUUUGUUAGUUUGUUUGUGUGAGUGGAUGUUUAUUUUGUACUUGAAUCAUGACUACGCUUUGAAACUACUGGAGUGAUGUCAGUGUUGCAUUAUUCAGGGUUGUCGGUUGCGUACUUUCUUCCUCAGUCAAGUCAACCUAUGCUGCAUUUCAGAUUUUCUAAUACAAAGGUCAGUCUGAGUGAACUCUUUCACCCGUUUCAGGACGGCUAUGGUCUCCGGUUGUGGUAUAAAUGCCAUUUUACCAUAACUAUAAUACUGUUCCAUGACAAUAAAGUUUUGUUUUUAUAAAUUA